AGAUCAUCUUUCAAACCAGCACUACUGGCAUGCUGAAAGUACAUCUAUCAACAUUGGUUAAAAUUACAAGAUUCAAUUACAAUUUACAAUGAAUUCUACUGCUUGGAAAGCACAGCCAAACAUGGAUCCUCAUGAUAUCCAAAACUGGAUUAAAAGAGUGGAAAGAGCAUCUGAAUGUGCUGUAGCAGAAGUAUUUCCCUCAAAAAAGUCAAAAAUAAAUCCAAAAACCAAUGGAUAUGUUAUAGCCAUGGAGACAAUUGAUCAGCUUCAUGAUCAUGAUGAUGCCUACACUGAAGCUCAAGAGUUACUCCAUGAAUGGAUGAAUUCCAAGAUAAGGCCAGAAUUGGAAUAUGAAGAAACUGAAGAACUAGAAAGCUAUAUCAAUAACUCAGAGGAGCGCACAUAUUCACCAGAGGUGACAUCUAGAAUGCCUGCAUAUGAAAAGUUUGAUGAAUUGUACAGUUAUUUGGAACAGGAAAAAGAGAGUGCUGCAGCACAAACCUUCUUACAGCAGCUUCUAGAGACGAAAGUGGUGGAGUCUGGCAUUCUUGAGGAUCUUGGUGUUGAAGAGGAAAGGCAGCAGAAAAAAUACAAAGACCCACGUCUGAGCAUGGAGGCAAGGCACCAACAGGUGAGAGAGAAUCGUCUGAAAAGGCAGUCUAAGUUGGAGCAACAGAAGCAGGAGAAAGCCAUGAAGAAAUUUGCUCAUGUUAAAGCUCAGCGACUGCUUCGGGAAGAAGACAGAAGAAAAGCUUUACAAGCCAAGAAAGAGGAAGAACUUAUUAAAAAAGAAAUGGUGCAAUUACGGAAAGAAAUGAUGGAAAGGAGAUGCAUAAUGGAAGAAACAAAGCGACUUGAACGAGAACAUCUUGAUAAAGAAAAAAAACAGAAACUGAUGAUUCAUAAAAAAGUCAAGCAAGCACUGAUGGAGUUACAGGAACAGCAGGACCAGGAACGUUGCAAGAUUGAGCAUCUUCGGAUAAUGCAGCAAGUUAAAGCCAGAAUUAAAGCUUACCAGCUACAGUGUUUACAGAAACAUUUUUCAAUUUGGUAUAAGCUGGUUCUGGAACGCAGGAUUAAAAUGGGUAAAGCUAGGGCCUUGUUUGAUUGGAAGAGUCAGCUUCGAGCUUUCCAGGCCUGGAGAACAUAUACGUGGGGAAGGAAACUGGAGCAAGAGGUACAACGCACUGAAAUGGAGCUACGAGAGGAAAAAAGAAAAAACCAACUUGCAACAGAAUGUAACCGCAAACACAGGCUCAGUUACUGCUUCACAAACUGGCAACUAUGGUGUAAAGCUGAGAAAGAAAAGAGAGAGCUGGAGGCAAGCAAAGAGGAGACAAAACAAAAGAUGGCUGCACUACUGGACUCAGCAUGUUCAGGGAAAUUGUCAGCAGAUUCCAGCAGAGUUUCAAAAUGCAUAAGUGAGACACAGCAGGUUGAUCCUGCUCAAGAAGUGGAAGAAGAGAAUAAACAGGACCCUUCUCCAAUCAAUUCUCGGGUAAAAGAGAGCAGCAAAACUCAGCAGAUCAGAGUUGCAAGCCCAAAAUAUGCUUGGCAGGUUACUCACAAGCAUGCCGCACUGAACUCAGAGGAAAGAGCACACAUACAAGAUGCAAGUAAAAUCUCAAACUGGUACCAGGGAAGUCAAACACCCAAUUCUCCCACUGCAGGGAGAAUGAUCCAGCAUUGUCAGGGCAUCUUUGAACAUCGCCACAGAUUCCAACAGCAACUCAUUGAGAAACAAAAAAAACAACUUCAGGAACAACAGAAAACAAUUGCAGAGCUUCAGGAUAACCAGCACUUGACAAUACUGCAGGAAGAGGCAAAACUGGCAUCAGCCUUAACUGUAGCAAUUGGUAAUGCAGUACAAAUGGUGCAAACUCAGGCCAGUCCUCAUGGUAGAAAACAAUCUGGAAAUGCCCAGCCUAAAAUGAAAGGCACUGCUGUGCAUAUAUCCAGGUUGAGCGGUCCUUCAUCAGCUGAGGAAUCCAACUGUUCCAGAACCAGCACCAAUUAUAGCAAAACCAUUCAUAACUUGAUUUCACCUCACCCAAUCGUCAAAGCAAUGGAGGAACGAGCAAAACAGCGCUUGGCAAGAAGAAAAAAACUGGAGGAGAUCAAAAGAAAAAAGGAGCAAGAGAAACUUGCUUACCUGAGAGCAGAAGAAGAAGAGAGGGAGAGGCAGCUGCAAGCUGAGAAACAAGCAUCUCUAGAAAAGAAGAUUGAGGAGAGAAGACUGCAAAGACAGAGAGAAGUUGAGAAGCAGUUGAGGUUGGAAAAAGAGAAAGAAUUCCAGUCUGCUGCAGAAAAGCACCAUCAGCAUUUUCUUCUACAAAAACGUGGCCUAGAACCCUGGAAGAAACUUGUAGAAAUCUCCAAGCAAAACAUGAAGUUAGCAGAAGAUUAUUACACCUCUUUAAUCCUACACCUAUGUCUACGUAACUGGCAUCAGAGUGUAACAGAGUCACUGGCUGAAAAGAGUUUCAAAGCUGAAAAGGUAUACCAUGGGAUUCUUCUUAAAAGGUGUUUCAAGAAUUGGCUAAAGUGCAAAGAUUAUUGCAAUAUUAUGGAAGAGAAAGCACGUCAGCAUUAUCUGACAGUUCUAAGAAGAUCCACUUUUAUUGCUUGGUUUGGUUAUGUGACAGAGGAGAAGGUUGCAUCAUGGGAAAAGGAAAGAAUUGGAGCUGAACAUAAUCAAAGGAGGAUAGUCAAGACAGCUUUCAAAGCGUGGAAGAGUUUGCCAAUACUCAUCAAAGAGGAGAUAAAAAAGGAAGAGCGCAUUAAACAUCUCAGGAAGAAAGUUGCUGAAAUUCUCCCUGAUUUUCAGACAUAGCAAUAAAAUACUAAAAAACUUUAAGGAGAAUCUUGGCAGUAUACUGGAACAAUGCACAGUUGGAAGAUUCAAAUUCAAUCACGAAAUUAGAUGAGCAAAAGAAAGAACCUCCAAAGCACCAGGAAGGUCAAUCCAACAGCACCCUGCAUACUUUGUGGUAGAGUCCAAAAAUUAUAGUGACUUAACAAAAAAGUCUUAAUUAAAAAAGCGCAAUUUGAACAUUGACAUUUGUAUAUUUUAAACAAUAAAGCAUAUGAAUAUUGAA